GAAAGAAAAGCACCUUGAGCUGUCAGGUAAACGGGUUACAAAAUCACACGUUGAAACCGUUGUAACCGAUGACUUGAUGAUCACUGAUGUUUCAGUUCCAGAUGUCUUUUUUUCUCCCUUAACACAUAAUGAUAAGCAAGCUUUAUGUGAGCUCAUACAAAUGUCCAAUGAUAACAGUGACCAUAAUGUCAUAAACUUUGGUCCUAUAUCAGCUCCGUGUCAGACAAAGACCAUUAAACCAGACGGCAACUGUUUUUUCAGAUCAUUGGCACAUGUGAUAUGUGGAAGUGAGGAGAAACACUUGAAGGUUCGCCGUGCAGUUGUGAAACAUCUCAAGAUGAAUACUCCGCUGUUUGAGAGGUAUGUGAGAAUUGAGUAUUCUUCAGCAGAAGAUUAUCUGACACGAUCUAGAAUGUUUUAUUCUGGUUCAUGGGUAACAGAAAUUGACAUAUUUGUUGCGGCUGAUCUUUUUAAAACCACAAUAAUGACUUUUAAUGACGGCCGAUGGAAUGCGUACAAACCUAAUGGAGAGGUAUUCACUCAGAAUGCAGUUUAUCUGAAACACUGUAAUCGUAAUCAUUAUGAAGUUGUGACGUGUGUUAAGCACAGGGAUCGAGAUUCUGUUUGUGCAGGAGCAUGUGGAAAUGUGGUCUCAAAUGAGGUCAGCAAACCAUGUCUGCGUAAGAGAAAGGUAAGCGAUGCUGCAGAAUGUUGUCCUACCAAAAGGCAUCGAGAGAGAUAUCACAACGACAGUGAGUACAGACAAAAACAAUUGACGUACAAAAAGUCAAAGUAUGGUAAUGACCCGGAAUACAGACAGAACAAAAUUGAGCAUGCCAAAGCUAAAUAUUGUGAUGCCAUUUACAGGGGGAAAAAAAUUGAGAAUGCCAAAACAAAAUAUUCUGAUGACACAGUUUACAGGGGGAAAAAAAUUGAAUAUGCCAAAACAAAAUAUUCUGAUGACACAGUUUACAGGGGGAAAAAAAUUGAAUAUGCCAAAACAAAAUAUUCUGAUGACACCGUUUACAGGGGGAAAAAAAUUGAAUAUGUCAAAACAAAAUAUUCUGAUGACACAGUUUACAGGGGAAAAAAAAUUGAAUAUGCCAAAACAAAAUAUUCUGAUGACACAGUUUACAGGGGGAAAAAAAUUGAAUAUGCCAAAACAAAAUAUUCUGAUGACACCGUUUACAGGGGGAAAAAAAUUGAAUAUGCCAAAACAAAAUAUUCUGAAGACCCAGUUUACAGGGGGAAAAAAAUUGAAUCUGAGAAAACAAAAUACAGUAGAGAUAGAUUUUACCAAGAGAGAAAAAAGGGAACUCUUCGUGACAAAUAUCUAAAAAAUGUUGAUGUUCGAUUAUCAAAGUGUGAACGUUCUAAGGCCAAGUACUUGAGCAAUAUUCAGUUCCAAAAACGUGUUUGCCAGUAUUCUCGAUUGAAAUAUAAAUAUAAUGUUUCUUUUCAGGCAAAUGUAUGCGAGUAUUCAAAGAAAAAAUAUCUGCAAAACCUGGCCUUCAAAAGAAGAGUGUGUGAGUAUUCAAAGAAAAAAUAUCUGCAAAACCUGGCCUUCAAAAGAAGAGUGUGUGAGUAUUCAAAGAAAAAAUAUCUGCAAAACCUGGCCUUCAAAAGAAGAGUGUGUGAGUAUUCAAAGAAAAAAUAUCUGCAAAACCUGGCCUUCAAAAGAAGAGUGUGUGAGUAUUCAAAGAAAAAAUAUCUGCAAAACCUGGCCUUGAAAAGAAGAGUGUGUGAGUAUUCAAAGAAAAAAUAUCUGCAAAACCUGGCCUUCAAAAGAAGAGUGUGUGAGUAUUCUGUAAUGAAAUAUCACAAAGAUGUGAACUUCCGUGUUCUUUCAAUACAAAAAGGUUGUGAAAAGUAUGCAAGAAAGAAGGAACAACAAGACAUUGCUGUUGCUAUUGGUAAUUUUAGACAAGAAAUUAGUAGUGGUCCAGAGUUUGUGUGCUGUGUCUGUCACCGUUUACUUUUCAGAAAGCAGGUUGUUGAAUGUAGAACACAUUGCUAUGAAGGCAAAGGUGUAAAAAUCGCUGCUUUGGGAAGAAGAUGCAUCACAACCAGGUAUCUUCAUGUCUGUGAUCAAAAGUGUGAAGGAUCUUCUGCUCAUUCCUCAGGGUGCAAAUUAUGGAUCUGUCUAACGUGUCAUCGAAAAAUCCUUUGUGGACAACUGCCCGAAGAGAGCGUUGCAAACAACAUGCAUUUGGUGGAUGUUCCAAAUCAACUGAAAUGCCUCAACUCUUUGGAACAACAUCUCAUUGCACGUAACAUUCCUUUUAUGAAAUUAUUGUGCCUUCCUCGUGGUAAACAACAUGGAUGCCAUGGCCCUGUAGUGUGCGUCCCAGUUAAUGCCACAGAUGUGUCCAAUAUCCUUCCACGAAAUGAAUGUGAUGACAAGAUGAUAAGGAUCAAACUGAAACGCAAGUUAACCUACAAAGGGCAUUAUGAGUACAAGUAUGUACACACUGAUCGUGUUCGAAAUGCUCUGAAAUAUUUAAUCCAGUUCAAUAAGUGGUUCGGUGAUGUGGAGAUUAAUCAGCAGUGGAUCAACUCUUUGAACGAACCAGAAGAAAAUGUUGUAGAUGAAAUGGAGCAACAAGAUGUAGUUGAAAAGAUUGAUGACGAAAAUGACCUUGAUGAACAGCAAGAGGAAGACCUUACCUACAUCAAAGAGCAAAGUGGUCUUUUGUCAGAUACGUCUUUGCAACCUGUGGACAUCGGUUCAGAAGUAAUUGAUCAGCAUUUCCAAGAUGUAUUAAAUCUGGCACCUGCUGAAGGUAACAGUCCUGUUAGUUUGUUAUCCGAUAGGUCUAACGAAGCAAAAUGUUUCCCUGUUCUGUAUCCAACUGGUGGUCCAACAUUUCAUGAUAAGAGGGAGGUAAAAAUAACUCUGUCGAGAUACUUGAAUGCAAGAAUCCUCAAUGCAGAUGGACGUUUUGCACGAAGCACAGACUUCAUUUUCUAUGCACAGUAUCUGUCUGAGAUUGAUCAAGUUGUAUCCAAUGUUUCAAUUGCUUUGCGCAAAGGAUCUGAGAAGAGUUUGUUGACUGAAGUGACAUCAGAUGUACUAACAAACCCAGACUCGUUAUCUAAAAUCUUGAAUUUUGAUGAAGGAUACAAGUUUUUGAGACCAAUCCGUGGAACGCCUCCAUAUUGGCAGUCUACUCAAAAGGACCUUUUUGCACUUGUAAGACAGCUAGGUAUUCCAACUUUCUUUGCAUCCUUUAGUUCUGCGGAUCUCAGAUGGCCAGAAAUGAUUAGUACUAUAAUCAAACAAGAAGGGAAAAAUCUGAAAGCAGAUGAACUUGACUGGUCUGAAAAAUGUGGAUUGAUUAGACGAAACCCAGUGACUGCUGCAAGAAUGUUUGAUCAUAGAUGGCAUUGUUUUCUGAGAGAUGUAAUCAUGUCUUCAGCUCAACCGAUCGGUAAGAUAGUAGAUUACUUUUAUCGGGUAGAGUUUCAACAACGUGGAUCUCCUCAUGUUCACUGUCUGUUUUGGGUUGAAAAUGCCCCAAUGUUAAAUGAAGACAAUGAAGAAAACGAUGGUUUGGUUGCUAGUUUUAUUGAUCGGUACAUCACUUGUGAGACCCCAAGCGAGGAUGAAACUGAUCUGUUUGAGAUUGUCAACUGUGUUCAGAAGCACAGUGUCAGACAUUCAAAGACGUGUCGUAAGAAAAAGACAGUUUGCAGAUUUAAUUUUCCACGACCCCCAUCAAGCCGUACCUUUAUUACAAGAGGUGGUAGUCGAGACGAUUUCAAAAGCGGUGACGGAAAAGAUACUGCACGUGCAGUUUUAGAAAAAGUGAAAAAGGCUUUAACAGCUUCUGAUAUGGAUUAUGACUCUACUGAUGCAUUUUUUGAGUCCAUUGGUAUUAACCAAGCUAUCUUUGAGAAAGUGUAUGGGCAGUGUUCCAAAAAGAAAUCCGUUGUCCUGAAAAGAAGUCCAAAAGACAUCUGGGUGAACCAGUAUAAUAAACAUUUACUGCGUGCCUGGCAAGGCAACAUGGAUAUCCAGUACGUCACUGAUGCUUACUCCGUAGUGGUUUACAUUAUCAGUUACAUCACAAAAGCAGAACAAGAAAUGGGAUUGUUGCUGCAACGUGCGCAAAACGAAGCCAUGAAUGGAAACCUUGAAGCGAGAUCAUCACUGAAGAUGCUUGGUAGUGUAUAUCUUCACAACCGAGAAGUUUCUGCUCAAGAGGCUGUGUAUCGUCUGACCGGUAUGCACUUGAAGGAAUGUUCUCGUAAAGUCCAGUUUAUUCCAAUUGGAUUGAAUCCUGUAAAGAUGAGUUUGCCUCUUCGUGUCAUCAAAAACAAAGUUGAUCAGUCUGGUGAAGAAGCUAGCUUUUGGAUGACUAGUCUGGUUGACCGAUACAAGAAUAGGCCAAACACUGAAGAGUUUGAGACGCAAUGUCUAGCAAGUUUUUGCUCUGAAAACAGGAUCUUGUCAAAAUCGGAGGUUUCUUCACAAAAAAAAUCUUCUGAAGACAAGGUGAUCAAGCUUAAUAACGACUGUGGUUAUAUGAUGAAGAGAACUCGAACUGACCCUGCUGUUGUUCGAUAUCCAAGAUUUUCUCCCAAAAAAGAUCCAGAAAAGUACUUCCAUUCAUUGUUGCAACUUUUCUUGCCACAUUAUGAAGAUUGUCAGCUCAAGCCUGAGAGUUUUAGCACUUAUGAGGAAUUCUACAACAGUGGUGCUGUGAAAUGUGGGAGAAAUGUGACUCAAGUCAAAUGUAUUGUUGAUGCUAAUCGAGCACUCUUUGAAAAGGAAAGUGACAAAAUUGAUCAAGCUCAACAGCUUUUGGAGCAAGGUGUUGAUUUGGAAGAUGCUUGGGCUGCAUUAUGUCCUGAAACUGAAAAGGAACGUCACGAAUGCUUAGAACUAAGGAAGAGUAAUACAAUUCCUGAUGAAGAUGAUUCUGAGUGUUCUAUUCCAGAUCUUGUAACGAACCCUCGAACUCCAUACAGUAUUGAAACCAAUCAGGCUGGAAUUUCUAGAGAGGAAGCAUUAUGUUUACUGCGAUCAUUAAAUGCACAACAAUGUGCAAUCUUUUACAAAGUUCGGAAAUGGUGUUUAGAGAAACUUCUUGGUGAAAACCCUGAACCAUUUCACUUGUUUGUCACUGGUGGAGCAGGCACAGGCAAGAGUCAUUUAAUCAAAGCGAUCUACUAUGAAUCCUCCAGACUUUUAUCUCAGCUGUCCGAAAACCCUGAUGAUAGAAGUGUGAUUUUAACUGCGUCAACCGGAGUGGCCAGUUUUCAAAUUGGUGCUUCUACAAUCCAUAAUACGUUUUCCAUAGGUGCCAAUGUCAAACUGCCAUAUCAGCCCCUAAGUGAUGACAAAAUCAAUUCACUGCGUGCAAAACUUGGAGGUUUGCAGAUUCUGAUCAUUGAUGAGGUGUCUAUGGUUGACCAUCACCUUUUGUCUUAUGUUCAUGGUAGAUUGAGACAAAUUAAGCAAACUGGUGACUACUCAAUUUUUGGAAGAGUCAGUUUGGUCUGUGUUGGUGAUUUUUAUCAGCUACCGCCAGUCAAGGGAAUUCCCCUGUACGUUGAUCCAAAAGGAGUGAAUCUUUGGGAUACCAACUUUGAAAUUGCUGAACUAACACAAGUUGUCAGGCAACAAGAUGCAUCUUUUGCUGAAAUGUUAAAUCGUCUGAGAGUUCAUAAAAAGAACGAAACUCUAAGCCCAAAUGACAUCAACAUGUUGAAGCAACGUGAAACUGGUGAAGAAUGCGAUGCUAUCCAUAUAUUCCCUACAAAUGCUCAGGUUGAUGAGUACAAUAUACAGAAACUUAAUGAGCGUUGUCCUGAGGCAAUCACUAUUCACGCUAGAGACUUUGCUAGAAAUCCAGAAACUGGAAGAAUAGAAAGGAAAGUUGGAUUUCAUGCAAAAGUUUUCAACUCGUGUUUGGACAAAUGUGUUUCCUUGGGUGUUGGUGCCAGAGUAAUGCUUAGGAAAAAUGUUGAUGUUUCUGAUGGACUUGUCAAUGGAGCCUGUGGCACAGUUGUCCACAUAAGCAGAAAACAAAGACGUGAUGAUGAUGAUGACUUCCCAUCAGCUAUCCAUGUUGAAUUUGAUGAUCCAAAUGUUGGUAAAAUUCAGAGAUCGAAGCUGCGACAGAAAUAUUCCCCAAAUUCGACUGUUAUUGAAGUGGAAGAAGAUCAAGUGUCAAACGAUGGUGGUUUAAGACGUCAGUUUCCACUUAAAUUGGCAUGGGCAUGCACCGUUCAUAAAGUGCAAGGACUCACAGUAGAUAAAGCGGUCGUCUCACUUGACAAGGUAUUUUCUCCGGGACAAGCAUACGUUGCAUUGAGUCGUGUGAGAACCCUCGAUGGACUAAUAAUUAAUAACUUCAAAGACACUGUCAUAUAUUGUAAUGAGAAAAUUGACUCUGCUAUGAAAAACAUGCCCCGACUUGCUUUAGAAAAUUACAGUUUUGUAAAGGCACCUGGCAUGUUUACAAUUGCUCUUCAUAAUGUACAAAGUCUUCGAGCUCAUGUUCAGGAUCUUCAAGUUCACAGACAGAUAAUGAAUGCAGAUUGCAUCUGUUUAACUGAAACGUGGCUAAAAGUUGAAGACCAAGUACAAAUUCCAGGAUUUGUUUUUAAGAGCAAUCCAAGAGCUAAAUGUUAUGACAACAGUACUCCACUUUUCACUGAUUUAAAACAACAAAGAGGAGGUGGAGUUGGACUAUUCUGUUGUGAAAGCAUUCAUUUUAAUGUCAGGGUUCCAGAACCUUGUAACUUGGAAUGUCUAUACUUUGCAGUUCCACAUCUAAGUUUGAAUGCUGCUUUGCUGUACAGACCUAAUUCAUAUCCACUUAAUCUGUUUCGACAAAAUAUGUUGCAUGUUAUUGAUGAGCUGGAGAAACAGUCAGGAAAGAAAGUGAUUAUGGGAGACUUCAAUGAGGACAUCUUGACAUCAUCUACAAUUGGUACACUAAUGGAACUGCAUGGAUACAGUCAACAUGUGCAACACCCUACCACUGAAAAAGCUUCCAACUGGCAUACAACUGCAGGGCAAGUGUACAACUGGCGACGCGCUAUCCUGAGAUUCCAACAUGGUCCGAGUCCAGUUAAUCCAGCCUGUAAUUCAAACAAGUGAUCAUCAUUUUCAACCCAACAUCUCCCAUAAUUGCUCUUCUUUCUUGAGCUAGUAAGCUUCACUCAGCCAAGUCAUUCUAAGCCAUCCAAAUCAUAAUGGAUGCUUCCAAACAUUAUAGGAAACAUCUACAAAGACUGCCUGCAUCCAUCCAUUUGUCUCUUAAUAUCACAAUUAAGUCAAUAGAACAAAACAAAAUUGGUUUGAGCAUCAAGUCUCACUAACUACUGUCAAAGAUUUCUGCAAUAUGCUACAUAUUUGAAACUUCCUCCUUAUCCUAUAUUAGAUUUUUUUCUACGCCAUGAACUGUUUUUAUGAAGAGGCACACAACCAAUCAAAAGGUUUGUGCAAUACGUUACACUUCAAACUUCCACCUUAUCCAUUAUGAUUCUCUGCUCCACGGACUGUUUUUAUGAAGAGGCACACAACCAAUCAAAAGGUUUGUGCAUGAAAACCCAAUAUCUACUGUCCACUGUUCCCAAGAGAUUUCUGCAAUAUGCUACAUAUGUGAAACUUCCUCCUUCAGUAUUGGAUUCUCCACUCAAUGAACUGUUUUUAUGGAGAGGCACUCAACCAAUACAACGAUUUCUUCAAUAGCUACAGUUGAAACUUCUUCCGUAUCCAUUAAAUUAUUCUCCACUCUAUGAACCCUUUUUAUGAAGAACACAACUGAAAAAAGUGAAUACAAAAUCAUUGUUCAAGUAUCUUCAGAAAAUGUCCCGGCAAAAUUCUAAACUGAUGCAGGCAGUCAAUAGUCAAAGAUCUCACAAAUGCAUAACCACAAAAGUAACACAAUUCUAUAUGAAAUUUUGUAUGGAUGGCUUGUAAUAUAUUUGGUCUAUGUACAGCAAAUUUAGAUGCCAGCCAAAGGAGGAUGGCUUGCCCCUGCUGAGUCUGGUUCCUCCCAAGGUUUCUCCCUAUACCUCCGCUGAUGAUCCUCUUCACUAAUUUAGGGAGUUUUUCCUUGCCACUGUUGCCUUCUGGCUUGCUCACUGGGGUUUUAAGGCACAAUAUUUUCAAUGUAAAGUGUUUGUAAAGAAAAAUAAAUACAUGAUGAAUUAGAA